UAAACCCUAAACUCCCGAUCACCGGACCUCACAGCGCAGUCCGUCUCUGAUCCAGAUUAAUAUAUUUCGUGUUCUAGUCGUCACGGCCCGUUACUAUCGCCCACCUAUAAUUACAGACCACGAAUAUUAUAUUCGUCUUUGCAGAUCGACCCGAGUCAAAACCACGUAGACAUGCACUUGAACAUUUUCGUCGUCAGCUUAUUCGCAGUGGUGAUGAUUCUCCAAAUUGCCAACGGUUUACCAACUCGCCGUUUUGAUACAAAUCAUAUCAAUGAAGAUCAAAAGUUGAAUGGAAACAAUAGAUUUAUGAUACCAUCCAAUAACAUUAUGCCAUUUAAGAUUCAAGCAACGCAAACGAAAAAUAGACCACCUGCCUAUGGUCCAUCCGAACCUUCCUCAUCUCAAUCACCUCUUACACAACAAACCUCGGACUGGAGUCCGACAUCGGAAACUAAUCCUAAAAUGGAAACAGCCCCCACAUCGGUAACUGAUCCUAAAAUGGAAACAGCUCCCACAUCAGCAACUGAUCCUAAAAUGGAAACAGCUCCCAAAUCGGCAACUAAUCCUUCAAUGGAAACAGCUCCCACAUCGGUAACUGAUACUAAAAUAGAAACAGCACCCACAUCGGCAACUACUCCAAGAUCGGAAACACCACCCACUGCGAUGACGAAACCAACUCCACAUAAUUAUUGAAACAUUACCAGUUGCUAAACCAAUAUUAUGUUAUUUAAGAAUUAUGAAAAUUUGAAAAAUCAUAUGACGCCGAAGUUGAAAGAACUUAUUACCUAUAUUGAUUUAACGAGGUAUACUUUAAUAAUCAUUUGUUUUGAUAUUUAAUUUAUUAAAAACUGUGUAUUAAAAUUGA